AUGUACUCUGUCUAUUCUCUAUGCUUUGACUUUGAGAAAAAAGAACAUACUGUUACUGAUAGGAUGCAUAUUGGUGGGAUCAAAGAAAGCACAUACACCAUGGGGGAUCUUUCAGGGUCAAGGACUGAACUGCUCUUUUGUUUCAGCAAGUGUUGGCAAGAAAAGAAAAGAGAAGAUGAUUAUCAUCAUAGUCAUACUCCAUGAUGGAGAUACAAAAUCGAAAUUUGAAGCAAGCCUAGAAAAUUUGUUGGGUUGACUUCUUUUGACUUGUGUUUUUUGGUUGGUCUAUGAGAAAAACAUCAACAAGUCUAAAUGGAAAUUUUAAACUUGCAGCAUCUUUGUAUGUAAAUAGAAUAAGAAAAAUAGUAAAUUACAAAUUCAUUCUCUGUCCUUAACUAAAAAUACGC